AUGCAGGAUGUUCGACGUCGAAUUGUCGAGGGCAUCCUGAAUGAUUGUAUGGUGAAUGAAGCGCAUAUGAAUGCACUCGAUUUAGCUCUUGAAGAACUAACAGACUCACGAACUACUGGCGAGAUGCGUCAUAUCUCUACACCAACAGCCGAUUUUCCCAUCAACAUUAGGGACGAGAUUCGAGGACUCCGCUUAGUACCAUAUAACGCCCAGUGGCUAUCUCAUCCUUUCAGGUUUAUUAUGGAUUUCGUCGAUUCAGCAUAUACGGGUGUAAAACCUCUUUUUGUCACAGAUUGGGAUGGUACAAUGAAGGACUACUGUUCGCAGUACGCUACAAAUCUGCAGGCAAGUGCUUCAUUUUUUCCAGUAUAUAGCGCCGUUAUGUUGGGUAGAUUCGCUGCAGUGUUUACUCGUGCUACUGCUGUACUCACUGCUGGACCUCUCCGUGGGCCCGGCAUUCUUGAUCUCACCGCUCUUCCCAUUAACGGGCCUGUUCUGUUCAGUGGUUCCUGGGGACGAGAAUGGUGGCUGCGUGGACGACGCGUAGUACAUGAGGAUGGAAUAUCUGAAGAGGGUUUCGAUGCUAUCGGUCGCCUUAGCGAUGAGAUGACUGAUUUGCUCAACGAUGGUGACUUUUCCCAGUUUGCCCUGGUUGGCAGUGGCGUACAAAGAAAGGUGGAUCGCUUAACACUCGGCGUGCAAACAGUGUUUGGUCACGUUCCUAUCGAACUUGUGAUGAGAUAUAUUAAUGCAGUAAAGGAAAGAGUUCAUCGUGUGGAUCCAAAUAGCACAAAUUUGCUUUUGGAGAACUCUUCACCGUUGGAAAUCGAAGUGUGUGCACAUAGUUCAGGAGCCGUUUGGAAUAAAGGUGAUGGAGUGGCAUCACUUAUUGCUUCACUGCACGACUCCUUGAAGAACGGGAAGGUUCUAGUAGCUGGUGAUACUACAAGUGACUUGCCGAUGUUGCAGCAUGUUGUUUCGGAAAAUCCAGAUGGUGUUAUGGCGCUGUUCGUUGGUGCCAGUGAGUCCUUACGUCAAUCCGUUGGUUCUAUUGUCGGUGAUGAUUCUCGAGUUUGCUUCGUUUCCUGUCCUGAUGUGAUUCAUGCUGCAUUUUCACGUGUACUGGCUGCUAAAAUUGAACUGGAUUAG